UGAUUACAUGUUUAUGGCAGAAGAAAAGGGCAAUUAAGAAAACAAGAACAAUUUAAAGUGCCGUUCUAGGAGAGAGUGGAUGCAGGCUGGAGGAGGGGCAGGAGAGGGCGGGCUCCCACCUCCCGUCGGCCGCGCUCCCGCGUCCCCCAGCCUUCUCCUGCCCGCGCCGCAGUCCCUCCCGCUCCCACCCUCCACGCGCGCCCGCCCUAGCUCGGGUGACUCCAGCAGCCUAGGAUUUGGAAGCUCGCUGAUUGGCUGGAAGCGAUUCAACACUCGCCAGGCAAAGAGCUUUGUCUGAGUUGAAGUGAAGUUGUAGAGAUUUUCAGACCGGAGUCAGCAAUCACGGGUGUUUAGUCUGCAGCGGAGCAGAGAAAAAGGAGGGGAAAAAAAAAAAAAAAAAAUCAAGAAUCUCCCUGGGAAGACACACUGCAGACUCCGCCCGCACCCUGCAAUAGAUGGAGACGGACUCCACUCCGCGAGCCACGUUGAGGUGACACGCUGCACCCGGCGUGGACACAGGGCCACCGCGACGCAGAGGCGACUUCAUGCUCCGGUCUCAAGUCGCGACACGGUGUGUAUAAAAACAAAAGUUUGGGAGCUAUUAAUUGCUGUGUGAUUAAGAGACGUUUCCGAGUUUCAAAGACCAAAUGUGGCUUAGCUUUAAGUUGCCUAAAGGAAGUUGAGGGGCUGGCGGGGCUGUUGUAACUUGCUCGGGUGGAAUCUCUGAACACUGACCGAUGCACCCAAUGAAUACUAAAAUGCACUUUAGCUUUGCGUUUGCACUCCUGAUGGCGUUUUACACCCACGAUGUACUGGGUAAAAAUUUGAAAUACAGAAUUUAUGAGGAGCAGAGGGUUGGGUCGGUAAUUGCAAGACUAUCAGAGGAUGUGGCCGAUGUUUUAUUGAAGCUACCUAACCCUUCUGCCGUUCGUUUUCGAGCCAUGCAGAGAGGAAAUUCUCCUCUCCUGGUGGUGAAUGAGAAUACCGGGGAAAUCAGCAUAGGGUCUACAAUCGACCGCGAGCAACUGUGCCAGAAAAACUUGAACUGCUCCAUAGAGUUUGAUGUGAUCACUCUACCCACCGAGCAUCUGCAGCUGUUCCAUAUUGAAGUGGAAGUGCUGGAUAUUAACGACAACUCUCCCCAGUUCUCAAGAGCCCUCAUUCCCAUUGAGAUAUCGGAGAGCGCGGCUGUUGGUACUCGGAUCCCCCUGGACAGUGCAUUUGAUCCAGAUGUUGGGGAAAAUUCCCUCCAUACCUACUCUCUCUCGGCCAAUGAUUUUUUCAAUAUCGAGGUGAGAACCAGGUCAGAUGGGACCAAGUAUGCAGAACUCAUAGUGGUGAAAGAGUUGGAUAGGGAGCUGAAAUCCAGCUACGAGCUUCAGCUCACCGCUUCCGACCUGGGAGUGCCCCAGAGGUCUGGCUCCUCCAUUCUGAAAAUAAGCAUUUCGGAUUCCAAUGACAACAGCCCCGCGUUUGAGCAGCAAGCUUACACAAUACAACUCUUAGAAAACUCUCCAGUCGGCACUUUGCUCCUGGAUCUAAAUGCCACGGAUCCAGAUGAGGGCGCUAAUGGGAAAAUUGUAUAUUCCUUCAGCAGUCAUGUGUCUCCCAAAAUUAUAGAGACUUUUAAAAUCGAUUCAGAAAGAGGACACUUGACUCUUUUCAAACAAGUGGAUUAUGAAAUCACCAAAUCCUACGAGAUUGAUGUUCAAGCUCAAGAUUUGGGUCCAAAUUCGAUUCCCGCCCAUUGCAAAAUUGUAAUUAAGGUUGUGGAUGUCAAUGACAAUAAACCUGAGAUUAACAUAAACCUCAUGUCCCCUGGAAAAGAAGAAAUAUCUUAUGUUUUUGAAGGAGAUCCCAUUGACACCUUUGUUGCUUUUGUCAGGGUUCAAGACAAGGAUUCUGGGCUGAAUGGGGAAAUAAUUUGUAAGCUUCAUGGACAUGGACAUUUUAAACUUCAGAAGACAUAUGAAAACAAUUACUUAAUCUUGACCAAUGCAACUCUGGAUAGAGAAAAGAGGUCUGAAUAUAGUUUGACUGUAAUUGCCGAGGACAAGGGGACACCCAGCCUCUCUUCAGUAAAACAUUUUACUGUUCAAAUCAAUGAUAUAAAUGACAAUCCACCUCGCUUCCAGAGGAGCCGAUAUGAAUUUGUCAUCUCAGAGAAUAACUCCCCAGGGGCAUAUAUCACCACUGUUACUGCCGCAGAUCCAGAUCUUGGUGAAAAUGGGCAGGUGACAUAUACCAUUUUGGAGAGUUUUAUACUGGGAAAUUCCAUAACCACCUAUGUAACCAUUGACCCAUCCAAUGGUGCCAUCUAUGCCCUCAGGAUCUUUGAUCAUGAAGAAGUAAGUCAGAUCACUUUUGUGGUUGAAGCAAGAGAUGGAGGAAGUCCAAAACAACUAGUAAGCAAUACCACAGUUGUGCUUACCAUCAUUGAUGAGAAUGACAAUGUCCCUGUGGUUGUAGGGCCUACACUGCAUAAUAAUACUGCAGAAAUCUCCAUCCCCAAGGGAGCUGAAAGUGGCUUUCAUGUCACAAGAGUAAGAGCAAUUGACAGAGACUCUGGUGUCAAUGCUGAACUCAGCUGCUUCAUAGUAGCUGGGAAUGAGGAGAACAUCUUCAUCAUGGAUCCACGAUCAUGUGACAUCCACACUAAUGUGAGCAUGGAGUCUGUUCCUUCCAAUGAAUGGGAGCUCUCAGUUAUCAUCCAAGACAAAGGCAAUCCUCAACUGCAUACCAAAAUCCUUCUGAAGUGUAUGAUUUUGGACUAUGUAGAAUCUGUGACAAGUACAGCAAUGACAUCCAUCAGCCAGGCAUCCUUGGAUGUGUCCAUGAUUAUCAUUAUUUCCUUGGGAGCGAUUUGUGCAGUGUUAUUGGUUAUUAUGGUGCUCUUUGCAACAAGGUGUAACCGAGAAAAGAAAGACACCCGAUCCUACAACUGCAGGGUCGCAGAGUCAACUUACCAGCAUCACCCCAAAAGGCCAUCCAGGCAGAUCCACAAAGGAGAUAUCACAUUGGUGCCUACCAUCAAUGGCACUCUGCCCAUCAGAUCUCAUCACAGAUCCUCUCCAUCUUCAUCUCCAACCUUAGAAAGGGGGCAAAUGGGCAGCCGCCAGAGUCAGAACAGUCACCAGUCACUCAACAGUUUGGUCACAAUCUCAUCAAACCACGUGCCGGAGAAUUUCUCAUUAGAACUCACCCAUGCCACACCCGCUGUUGAGGUCUCCCAGCUUCUCUCCAUGCUCCAUCAGGGGCAAUACCAGCCAAGGCCAAGUUUUCGAGGGAACAAAUAUUCCAGAAGCUACAGAUAUGCCCUUCAAGACAUGGAUAAAUUUAGCUUGAAAGACAGUGGCCGUGGGGACAGUGAAGCAGGAGAUAGUGAUUAUGAUUUGGGACGAGAUUCUCCAAUAGAUCGGCUGCUGGGGGAAGGAUUCAGUGACCUGUUUCUCACGGAUGGAAGAAUUCCAGCAGCUAUGAGGCUAUGCACGGAGGAGUGCAGGGUCCUGGGCCACUCUGACCAGUGCUGGAUGCCCCCGCUCCCCUCGCCAUCCUCUGACUACAGGAGCAACAUGUUUAUUCCUGGGGAAGAAUUCCCAGCUCAACCUCAGCAACAGCACCCACAUCAGAGCCUUGAGGAUGACAGCCAGCCUGCAGAAUCAGGGGAGAAGAAGAAGAGCUUUUCCACCUUUGGGAAGGACUCCCCGAGUGAUGAGGACUCUGGGGACUCCAGCACAUCGUCUCUGCUUUCGGAAAUGAGCAGUGUGUUCCAGCGCCUGCUCCCUGCUUCCCUGGAUACCUAUUCUGAGUGUAGCGAGGUGGACCGGUCUAACUCUCUGGAACGUCGGAAGGGCCCAGUGCAGGCCAAAACUGGGGGCUACCCACAAGGGGUGGCGGCCUGGGCAGCCAGCACUCAUUUUCAGAAUCCCACCAGCAACUCUGGGACACCUCUGGGAACUCACUCCAGCGUGCAGCCUACUUCCAAAUGGCUGCCAGCUAUGGAGGAGAUUCCUGAAAACUAUGAGGAAGAUGAUUUUGACAAUGUGCUCAACCACCUUAACGAUGGGAAACAUGAACUCAUGGACGCCAGUGAGUUGGUGGCUGAGAUUAACAAACUGCUGCAAGAUGUCCGUCAGAGCUAGGAGACUUUAGCUGAGUGCUUGUGUUUCCAUGUAUUUGGAAUGAGGAGACAGGGAAAACCCCUGAAAGAACUGGCUUUGCCAAAUAGUUGCAUUUAUCAUAAAUGUGUCUGUGUAUAUUGAAUAUUAAAUACUGUAUUUUCGUAUGUACACAAUGCAAGUGUGAUUAUUUUAAUCUGUAUUUUAAAAAUACAUUUGUACCUUAUAUUUAUGUGUAAUUUAACAGACAAAUUUUAUUUUUUUACUCCCAUGACAAACAUGUCUUUCCUAAUCAUACAGGAAGUAGCCACUGUUGUUUAAAUCUAUAUCCUAUUCAACCACAAAGUAUAAAGGUACUGUUUAAAUUAGUUAAGUUGGGGCAGGAUUAUUAUGCUAUAUGAACAACCCCACUAAAGCAUUAUGUAAUUCUUAGUUUCGUUAAAUGAUGCAACUUCUUUUCCAAUACUUAAACAUAUAUGCAUUUUUUAAAAUGUUAAGCUAUUUUAUGAUUAUUCUUUUCACGCUUUCUGUUAGCUCUGAUAGUUCAAUUCCUUCAGCAAAAUGGAAUAAUGAAGCAAAAUUUUAUCUUAGGACUGAGAAUCGCCCUGAGAUAUUUAUGGGGAGGCUAUGCCAAAUGAAUUUUUCACAGAUAAUGGUAUAGGCAGCAAUGAGUUGCUAUUUCGUAGCUCUGAGGCUGCUACAAUUGCAGCACCUCACACUGGCCUGGUCUUGAGAAUAUUUACGGAUACUACGAUGUCUACUUAUGAUUAUGGUGAACAAUGAAUUCUUGCCUUUCCAUCAUCACCAUAUGAAACAUGAGCCAAUGAAAUGAAAUCUGUACUUUAAAUGAAUAGCAGUAUGUAUUCUACCAGCAUAGAAUCUAAAUAGACAAAUGUAGAUAUGUCUGUGUGCCCCCAGGGCAGUAAACAGAAUUGAUUUAUUUUGAAGCUUCUAUUUGAAUCUUCUUCCCUCACACAGUACUUGAACAUUUAAACUAUUGCUAUAUUUUUGGCUCUAUUCACUUUUUGCCUUUGUCUGCAAUGCAUGCUCAUAGUUUUGCUUGUAUUUUUAGUGUAUGAACAUUUAUAAAGUCACGUUUUAUUACUGAAAUUUUGUUUUAUUAGUCUGUGACAAAUGAGAACGCCUUUAUUUAUUGUGCUGUUACCUCUCUGUGUGGAAUGCCUUGGUACAGAUAUCCUUAUUAAGACUAUUAUCAUUUAUGACCAAGCUUCUAUGAAUGUUAUUUCUAUUAAUACAGUAUGUUGAUUGUACUCUCCAGAAAAUUUUACUGUCAGUGAAAAUAAAAAGAAAAUUGAAG